AUGCCUCACAGACACCCCCCAAAGCGACCUGCAAUACAAAACACCAUAGGCCUAUGCAAUCGGCCUAAUACCAGCUUCAGAACAGCCCAAACACAGUCAAUUUCCGAGUCUGAGUCCAAUCACAGUACCAAUGAGCAACCAGCCAAACGAGCAAGAGCACAAUCUCGUGCACUGAGCCCAGAAAUAGCUGGGGCGCAAGAUCUUUUGUUGAGCCCAGAAACGGAUGGCAGCUGGCACCUGUAUCCCGCUUUUGACAGCAUGAAGUUUGUUGCAAGUAGGGACCAGUCAGACGAGGAAUCUGAUGCAGAAAUCAUCAUUGACAACGAACCUUUUACACCCGCUGAUGACAACAAAGCCUGCACCCAGCUCAUUGAUUUUGCAAUCAGUAUUGGUGAUGAUCCCUCUGAUGAGGCUUGGUUGCCUCCAAGGGAAGCCUGA